CUUAUUUGUGUGGUAAAGGGAAGAGAUAACAUAUUCCAAAGGAAAUCUCUCUUUCUCACUCUCUCUUCGUCUCCAAGAGAUUACAGAGAUCAGUUUCAGCAUUCUCACCUCUCGAAGCUGUGUGUGUGUGUGUGGCCAUGGCUAACUCCAUUAUGGCUUCCUCCAAACCCCUAAUCUUCCUCUCCUCCAACCAACCAAGCCGCGUCCAGAUUCCCAAACUCGCCAAACUCCCUCAGAUUCCCAAAUCCAUCUCCUCCUCCGAGCUCCGCACCAAGGCUCUAUCACUAUCUUCCGCCACCGUGAAAUCGCUAGCCCUAAUCGCCGCAUUCGCCCCGCCGUCGAUGGCGGAAGCGAUGGAGAAGGCCCAGCUCUUCGAUUUCAACCUUACGCUGCCGAUCAUCGUCGUGGAGUUCCUCUUCCUCAUGUUCGCGCUCGACAAGCUCUAUUACUCGCCGCUUGGGAACUUCAUGGACCAGAGAGACAGUGCCAUCAAGGAGAAGCUUGCGAGCGUUAAGGACACUUCCACGGAGGUGAAGGCGCUCGACGAACAAGCCGCCGCCGUGAUGAGGGCUGCUAGGGCUGAGAUCGCCGCCGCGCUUAACAAAAUGAAGAAGGAGACGCAGGUGGAGGUUGAGGAGAAGCUAGCGGAAGGAAGGAAGAAGGUGGAGGCGGAGCUACAGGAAGCUCUGUUGAGCUUGGAGAAGCAGAAGGAAGAAACCAUUAAAGCUCUGGAUUCUCAGAUCGCUGCUCUCAGUGAAGACAUUGUCAAGAAGGUUCUUCCUUCUUAAAAAAUCGAAAAUAUUUAAAAACCCUAUUUUGGUCAACUUGCAAUUUCUGUGUCUCCUAAACUCAUUUACAAGAAAAUUUACUGUAAAUCUCUCUUCUUCUCUGUCUCUCUUGGAUUGUUUGUCGUUCAAGAAGAACAAUUUUAUUUGUAAGUUCAUAUAUAAUUAGCUCUCUUCUCGUA